GGUAGAGCCCCUCCCGUGCAUCGCGUGGAGCCGAACAACAGCAGCAGAGACGCGGCGAGGUGCUGAGUGCAGGAGCCGCGUGGUGAGUGCAGGAGCCGUGUGGGGCAUUCGCGGGAUUCACGUCGCAUCGCAUCGCCCGCAUCGCCCGCAUCGCCCGCCGGCUCAACGGGGAAACUAAAACACCGUGGACCGCCACCUCCUGCCCCAGCCGACACCGGAAUCCUUGUGGUGAUGUGAAGCGUGGCGGCGGUGGCGGCAGCCAUGCCCGUGAGCCCCCCUCCCAGCGAGGAUGGGACGGUCGCCAGCGGCUCGGAGGGCAGCGGCGGCGGCGGCGGCGGCGGCGAGUCUGACGGCGAGGGCUCGGCGCGCGAGGAGACCAUCUACGACACGAUCCGCGCCACAGCGGAGCGAGCGCCGGGAGCCGGCGACGACGCCGGCCUCAACACGAUGGUGGUGCGCGUCGGCGUGCCCGAGCUGCACCAGACGAAGUGCCUGCGCUUCAACCCGGAUGCGCUGGUGCGCGAGGCCAAGCAGCGCAUCCUGCAGACGCUCACGCAGAGCCUCAGCGACGCCCUCAACUACGGCCUCUUCCAGCCCGCCUGCAACGGCCGCGCCGGCAAGUUCUUCGACGAGGAGCGGCCCCUGCGCGACUACCCGCAGCCCUCCAACACCGGCGUGCCUUACCUGGAGUUCCGAUACAAGAAGCGAGUUUACAAGCAACUCAACUUGGACGACAAGCAGCUGUCCAAGCUGCACUCGAAGGCGAACCUCAAGCGGUGCAUGGACUACGUGGCGCACCGCGCCGUGGAGAAGCUCGCCAAGCUCCUGGACAAAGGCCUCGACCCCAACUUCCACGACCCCGACACGGGAGAUUCACCUCUGACGGCGGCGGUGAGCGUGGACGGGGCCACGGAGCUCAUCAAGGCGCUGAAGAACGGCGGCGCCCACCUGGACUUCCGCUCGCGCGACGGACUCACGGCGCUGCACAAGGCAACGCGCGCCCGCAACCUCGAAGCGCUCUCGACGUUGCUGGACCUGGGCGCGUCGCCGGACUACGGGGACGCGCGCGGACUCACGCCGCUCUACUACACGGUGCUGGCGGGGGGUGACGCUCGCUGCUGCGAGACACUGCUGCACGACCACGCCACCGUGGGCAGCAGCGAUGAGAGCGGCUGGAACGAGCUCCACCAGGCCUGCAGACACGGGCUUGUGCAACAUCUGGAGCACCUCUUGUUCUACGGGGCCGACAUGAGCACGCAGAAUGCGUCCGGCAACACGGCAUUGCACAUCUGUGCCCUCUACAACCAGGAGAGCUGUGCCCGGGUGUUGCUCUAUCGCGGUGCAAGCAAGGAAAUCAAGAACUUCAACAGCCAGACGGCCUUCCAGGUGGCGAUCGUGGCCGGGAACUUUGACCUCGCCGAGUUGGUGAGGAGCCACAAGGACACCGAUGUGGCGCCGUUCACCGAGACUCCGUCGUACACGAACCGCCGGCGCUGCAGCCAGGCCACCCUGUCGGCUGCGUCGCGCAGCCUCACGCGCUCCAACAGCGACCGCGGCCUCCACCCGUGCUCCCGCGCCACCGCGGGCUCCGGCGGCGGCUCCGGCGGCGGCUCCGGCGGCGGCUCCGGCGGCGGCUCCGGCGGCUCCGGCGGCGACUUCGACGGGCCGGCGGGACGCUCGCCCGCGCCGUCGCUGCGCAGCCUGCCGCCGCAGCUCCUGCAGCAGGUGCAGGCGAUCGCCGUCAAUGCCGCGGCCGCGGCGGCCAAGCGGAGGCUGUACAGCGCCGUGCCGGGGCGCACCUUCGUGGCCGUGCGGUCGUACCAGCCGCACUCCCACGGGGAGAUCGCGCUCGCCGCUGGGGAGCAGGUGCAAGUGCUGAGCGUGGGGGAGGCCGGGUACUGGGAGGGCUGUGUGCACGGACGCACGGGCUGGUUCCCGGCCGACUGCGUGCAGGAGGUGCAGAUGAGGACGGCGGAAACCCCCCCAGAAACAAGGGAGGACAGGUCGAAGAGACUCUUCAGGCACUACACGGUCAGCUCCUACAACAGCGUCAGCUCCUCCAGCGAGUUUGUGAUCGAAGAGCGCACCGUGGUGCUGCAGAAGCGCGACAGCGAGGGCUUCGGAUUUGUGCUGCGUGGCGCGAAAGCGGACGUGCCCAUCGAGGACUUCACGCCGAGCGUCGCCUUCCCGGCGCUGCAGUACCUCGAGUCGGUGGAUGAGGACGGCGUCGCCUUCCGCUCCGGACUCAAGAUGGGCGACUUCCUGCUGGAGGUGAACGGGGAGAACGUGGUGAAGGCCGGCCACCGCCACGUGGUGCAGAUGAUCCGGCACGGAGGCAACAGCCUGGUGCUCAAAGUGGUGACGGUGAACCGGAGGCCCGACAACGCCGAGGCCGCCCGCAGGAAAGCCCCCACGCCUCCAAAGCGCGCCCCGACCACGGCGCUCUCCAUGCGCUCCAAGUCUAUGACGGCGGAGCUCGAGGAGCUGGCCGACAGGAGGAUGAUUGAGCCCGAGAAGCUGGAUGAGAUGCUGGCGGCCGUGGACCGGACGAUCGGCUCGGAGAAUGCGGAGGCGGACUCGCGUGCCGCCACCGUGAGGCAGCGGCCCACCAGCAGACGGAUCACGCACGCAGAGAUCGCCGCCCUGUUUGAGCGGCAGGGGGUGGCGGCCGCGCCCCGGUCCCCGUCCUCGCUGGCGGAGCGGCCGACGAUCCCCCUCCAGCGCGGGCCCCUCUCACGGCAGCAGUCGAGCAGCCACUACGACGACCGCAAGGGGCUCCUGGCGCCGCCGGCGCUGCGCUUCACCCGCAGCGUCUCCAUGCCGGACUCGUCCGACGAGCCGGGCGCGGCGCCUCCCGCCCCGCCGACCUCGCCGGUGCCGCCGCCGCCGCCGCCGCCGCAGCCGCCGUCCCCCCACGCCCUCGGAGGCUUCAACCCCAACGCGGAGGCGAAGCUGCACGGGCUGGGCGGCGGCGGCGGCGGCGGCGGCGGCGGCAUUGGCGCCGCGUCGUCCGUGUCGGAGCUGUCGGAGGGCCCGGGCCUCGGCACGCCGGCACUCUCCCCGAGCGAGCGGCGCGCCAAGGCCCGCUCCAUGAUCCUCCUGCAGGAGCUCCCGUACCGGCCCGUCGUGCCCACCGGCAUCUCCAGCCCGCCCAGCCCGCUGCUGCCCUCGCCGCCGCCGCCGCCGCCGCCGGCGCCGGCCUCCUGCGCGUCCGCCGGCGCCGCCGUUUUCUCCGCCUCGUCGACCUCGUCGUCCGGCUCCUCUUCGAACUCCUCGUCCUCCUCCUCGUCCUCCUGGUGCCCGCCGGCACGGCGCAAGGCCACGCUGGUGAAGCAGGGCCGCGUCGCGGGCAGCCCCGACCGGCGCUCCGUCUCGCCGGCGCCGCCGCCGCCACCGCCCUCGCCCGCCGGCGCCAGAGGCUCGCAGGACGGCGCCGGCGUUUGCCCCCCACCGCCGCCGCCGCCGCAGCCGCCGCCCGUUGGGCCGAACCGCACGCACCUCCUGGAGGAACGCCGCUCGUCCGCCAGCUUCCCGUCGACGGAGGCCCGCGGCGACGACCGCCACCUCGUGCCGCCGUCGGCCGGCCUGCGGCUGUCGCGCUCGGUCGACGAGGGCGCCAUGAUGGCCACGAUGAGGAUGGUGCUGCACGCCGCGACCGGCGUCGGCGGCAGCGCGCCGGAUGUGGCGACGCGUCCGGACGGCGGCGACGCCGUCGCGGCCGGGCCGCCGAUGGCGCCGCUCUUUGUCGAGACGCCCGGACGGGAGUCCGCGGCGGCGGCGCCGGCGCCGCGGCGCGCCGACGCCGCUUUCGUCUCCCCGCCGGCCUUCUCGCCGGGCAUCAAGGGUGGCUACGCCCGGGUGCCGUCGGCCGCGCCCGACGGCAACUGGGGGACGCCCGGCACGCUGCGGCGGGAGAUCGAGGCCCGCUCGUGCGGGGCGGCGGGCGGCCGUGCCGACGAACCGCCUCCCGUCGCCGGGUUGCUCAUGGUGUCGCCGGUGGCGGGGCGGGGCGGCGGCGGCGAAGGCGACGGAGACGCCGCGUCCCUGCCGGAGGAGUGUAGCGUGCGCGAGAAGAUCAAGCGGCUGGAGAGCAUGACGACCUCGGAUUCCUCGCAGGAGGAGAAGCUCACACCGCAGCAGCAGCAGCAGCAGGAGCAGCAGCGGGAGAACGCCGUACUCGAGACGAGCUUCCAGACGGGCGACGUCGCGGCGGAGCCGGAAGAUGCCGCCGUCGGCGGCGGCCGUGCGGCGUCGCCCCGACACGAGGAGCCACGGGCGCCGGGCGGGGCCGCGCCGGGCCCCGCGGGGCCGCCGCUGGAGUCCCUGCCGAGCGUGCCGAGCGACGGCGAGGAGGACUUCGUGUUCACCGACCCCCUGCCGCCCCCGCUCGGUUUCGAGGGCGACGCGGCGGGCGUCGCCGAGGACGACCAGGGCAGCACGGAGACGCUGGUGCCGGAGGGGCCGGCGAGGACGGCCGAGGACGAGGGCGGCACGGCGGCGCCGGCCACGAUCGCUGACAAACCCGGUGACGACGUCGGUGAUGACGCGACGAUCGCGGCGGACGACGAGGCCGAGCCGGCGGCGCCGGACGGCGGCGGCGGCGAGCUCGAGCUGGAGCUCGCGGCAGCCGCCCCGCAGAGCGCGGGCGAAACCGGCGACGCCAACACGGACUCGGGCGUGGAGGGCAGCUGCAGCGACCACCACCUGGAGACGACCAGCACCGUGUCCACCGUGUCGAGCAUCUCCACCGUCUCGUCGGAGGGCGUCGGCGUCUCCGAGGGGCCCGACGGCUGCGCGUCGCACGCCGACGCUCAGCCCCUCCUGGCGGACAAGCCGCCCGUGCCGCCCAAGCCCAAGCUCAAGGCGACGUCAUCGGGCGGCCUCUACGCGGAAGUGGGCGUCAGGAGGAGCGCGGACGACGCUCCCUCCAGCCCCGGGGCUUUCCAGCAGCAGCAGCAGACGGAGAGCCGGCUGUGGGGCGUGGAGGCGACGGCGGGGCCCGCGAUGUCCUCCCCGGGGCUGCUGCCGGCGCCCGGCCACGCGGACGCUCGCGCCAGCGUCAUCAACGAGCUGAGCUCGCGGCUCCAGCAGAUGACGGAGCGCAACGGUCCCACGCAGGGAUACACGGGGAGGUUUGGCGGCGAGGGCGUCACCUUCACGGUGCGGCCCGGCUCCAGCCGCCCGGUGGUGCACGCCUCGCUCAAGGGCCGCCCGGGCCCCGCGGGGGCCUCGACGCCGCACGGCCCCGACCGCCCGCUCCUGCGCCGCUCUCCGAGCCUCUUCUCCUCCGGCGACGACCGCGCCGGCGCCUCGGCGUCGGCGGGCGGCUCCCGGCGCGCGUCCCCCGCCGGCUUCCCGUCGGACGAGCGGCCGGCGUCGCUGCUGUCGCCCCUCGACGUCCGCGGCGAGGGCCGCCCCGGCUCCCCCCGGCCGCGCUCGCCGGCCUCGCCGGCCUCGCCGGCCUCGCCGGGCUCGCCGCCCCGCGGGCCGGCGCUCGCCGGCAAGCCGCUGCACCUGUGGUCGAAGCACGACGUCGCCGACUGGCUCGAGGCGCUCAACCUCGGCGAGCACCGCGAGCGCUUCCUGCACAACGAGAUCGACGGCUCGCACCUGCCGGCGCUACGCAAGGACGACCUGCUGGAGCUGGGCGUGACGCGCGUCGGCCACCGCAUGAACAUCGAGCGGGCGCUGCGGCGGCUGCUCGAGAGAUGACCGAGGCGGCGGACGGGCGGGGGGGAGCGGUCCAAGACGCCUCUCGGAGAUCGGACGUUUCCCCCCCCCCCCCCUCCUGCAGCGGGUGGCCGCGGCGCGUCGACGGCGCGCCGCUCGUGAGAGCGCCGCGCGGGAGGCUGGCGCGCCACUCUUGUUUACAGCUCCCCCCUCUCCCCCCUUCCCCACUCGUUUCGAUGACGAUCAAAUCCAAGUGCAUUUAGAGCCACGGCCCUUCAAGGGGAGAGGCGCCGCGUCCCUCCCCUUCCCCGCGGCAUCGCCGCAAGCGCGAAGUCGGCGAUGCCGCUCCCGGCCGGCGACCGCGGUUCGGCGCGGCGUUGACCCCAGAGUCCACACGUCUGACGAUUUGGCCGCUCGGAUUCAACCCAACUGGCCUCCGGUCGUGGCCUAAACCUCGUGGCCCUCGUGACUCCACCCCCUCUCCCCCCCACCCCCCCCUUGCGACUCCUGAAACAAUGAGAGGAGCUCAUGUAGGGUCGACUUGGGGGAGAGUGUUGUUGUAUAUGGCAGGGGAGGCUGAGAUUUGGUGUCAGUGUUAGGGUCAGGCUCAGGGCUAACCCCGCCCCCCGCACCCCCCACCCUCCCCCCCACCCUCCCCCCCACCCUCGAGUCUUCUAGCAGAGGUAAGCGAGCGAGAGGAGUCCGCCCGGCUUCCGUUCGCUUGACGCGCGAUGCGGGGCCACGGCGCUCGGGAGUUGGCGGAUCGCGUAGAGAUGGGAGGCGGCACCGCAUAGA